UGAAGUAACACUGUCUGCACAGUCACUGAUGCACACGCCCACUACUCGGUAGCUAGGGAAAGUCACUAUGGAAAUCAGCUAUCGGGACAAGUGCAUGCACGAGACCCCACAAACCCACAAACCCACCCAUCCACCCCUCCACACGCACUUGACGCAAACAGCCGUGAGCCCCCGCUCCCGCAGCCAACAACACACACGAUGUACCUACUCGGGAUGAUGACUACCUGCCUUGCCUUACCGUACGCUACUGGCACCGUGGCACGGCAAUGCCGCUCUACCUACCCUACCUACGCACGCACUCAGGAACAGAAAGAAAUGGACACAUGUUCUGUACGUCAAGACAUCUACUAGGGCCGAAAGCAAAACCCCCUACCCCCGCCAGCCAGCCGCAUCAGCCCCGUGCAUCUAUACAUGUAUCUACCACAAGCCGGUUCUCCGGCCUGAUUCGUCGGCUCCAUUUUCAAUUCUCUCACGAGCAGGAACCCUACACGGACAGACACACACACACACACACCGUCCGUCACGCAGGCACAGUAUCGCCCCGGUUGGAUGGCUGGCGUACCACGCACGAAACUUGGAAGGGGAUGUUCGAGGCGGGGCACGGCGCAUUGCAGCUGUAUGUUCCUUCGAUCUGGCCUGGUGUCGACUCGCUGCCCUGGUAGGUGCACGGACGGCCGUCGCAGUUGUCGCCACCGUAGCGGUUCAAGGUCCACGAGCCGCCCGACUGUGUCACACGCAUGUUGUACCUGGCAACAGACAGACAGACAGACACACACACAGACGUUUGGUGGCAGAACUUCUUGAUGAAGUGAUUGACUUACCAGGCAGUUGCGCUUUCGUUGUUAUUGAAAAGUUCGCAGCGAUAGUCAGAUCCUUGCAAGAUGCAGUUGCCGUACCACGUCCACUGAUGGCCCUCCUUAAUUUGGAAUUGCGGCCCGAGUUGGAGCCGCCGCAGUGUCAAGCCGUCUGCCAGGAAGGUAACCAACACACACGGGGCGAUCCAUGGUAGGUGCGCAAACAAGCGAUCGCUUACCUGUGUCAUCGGUGGCGUUCAGGGGCACACCACCUGCACACAGGGGAGACACAUACACACACACACAGACAUUGGGCGUCCUUCUGUGCGGAUGGUGUGUGAGUACCCUGGACGGGGAGGGGAGUCCCCUCAUCACGAAGCCCACGCAG